AUGUUUAAGAGCGAGGUGAAGGUUGCGUACCAAGGCAUUCCCGGCGCAUACUCAGAGAAAGCGACGCGUCAGCUUUUAGGGCCAUCAGCUAAAAUCGUGGCCAUAGGCUACCCGUCAUUUGAUGAGGCUUUCUUGGCUGUUCAACGCGAGGACACUGACUUUGGUGUGCUGCCUAUCGAAAAUUCCUUAGGUGGCAGUAUCCACGCCAAUUACGACCUAUUACUCAAGUUUGAGCUGCAUAUCGUAGGUGAGUAUGAUUUACGAGUCGAGCACUCGUUACUUGCAUUGCCGGGCGUCAAAAAAGACGAGAUUAAGACGGUCAUCAGUCAUCCACAGGCACUGGCUCAGUGCGCUCACACCAUCGCAGCCAUGGGUGCCAAGCCGCGUGCCGAGUACGAUACAGCUGGAAGUGCAAAGAUGUUGGCCGAUCACCAAUGGUCAGACACGGCUGCUGUAGCCAGUGAUCUGGCGGCUGAAUAUUACGGUCUCGAGGUACUUCAGCGAAACAUCGAGGACGAUGCUGGCAACUUUACCCGCUUUCUGCUCUUAAGCAAAAAAGAAGAUUUGGGUCUUCACGCUAAAAUGCAGACAGAGUUCAAAACGUCGCUCGUCUUCUCGUUCAUGGACAGUAAUGAAAAAGGUCAAUUGUAUAAAGCACUCUCAGCUUUUUCAUUACGUGAUAUCGACAUGUCGAAAAUUGAAAGUAGACCGUGGGGACCUACGGCUGAACAGCAAUACCAAGACAAGAUUCAGUCGGAACAUAUGACCUUAUCAGCCGAAAAUGUGCGUAGAAAAUAUAGUUAUCUGUUCUAUGUUGAUUUGAUUGGCCACAAGACGGAUGAGAAGAUCAUGAAUGCAUUGCGUCACUUGCGCGAGUUUUGUAAAUUUGUGCGCGUUCUGGGGUCGUAUCCCACCAAAGGAAAGUUACUGGGUGAUGUACGCAAAACCCUGGAAGGUGUUGGUGCGUACGAAAUUACAGCGUCGCCAGUUUUUGUACCGCAAGAAAACAAACCUGUACGUUUGAAAAUUGGUAUCUACGGCUUCGGAAACUUUGGUCAGUUUUUGGCCAAAACCAUGGCUAAGUCACAUGAAGUGCGUGCGACCUCAAGAACGGACUAUUCGACGACUGCGGCACAGCUUGGAUGCCAUUAUUUUUCGUCCACGAACCAGCUUGAGAAUUUUUUCAAUGGUUUGGACAUUCUUCUUGUCUGCGUCAGCAUCCUGUCGUUUGAGAGUGUCGUGAAUAAGCUUCCGAGAGACUUGUUGGACAAUCUUGUAAUUGUCGAUGUGUUGUCGGUCAAGACGCACCCAAAACAAAUUCUACUUCGGAAUCUUCCUCAGAGUACGAGUAUUUUAUGUACGCAUCCGAUGUUUGGUCCAGAAAGCGGUAAAUAUUCGUGGCGAGGUCUGCCAAUGAUGUACGAAAAAGUACGAGUCUUAUCUAGCGAACACAAUCAUGUAAUGGAUACUUUCUUGCGUAUUUUCGAGAUGGAGCAAUGUCGGAUGCUGGAAAUGACGUGCGAAUCGCACGACGAAUAUGCUGCUAGUAGUCAAUUUUUGACUCAUUUGACUGGUCGUGUUCUCAACGUCCAGGGUGUAAGAAACACGCCGAUUGACACCCGGGGUUUUAAGAACCUUGUGCGUCUAGUUGACGACACAUGCAAAGACAGUUUUGAUUUGUUUCAAGGAUUGUACAAGUUCAAUCCUAAUUCUGAGCAACAAAUUCGAAAGUUUCGCGAGUCAUUAGACGAAGUGACGCAGAAACUUGUUACCGAACCAGCAUAUUCACCUUCCGCUCGCUCAGACGCGACGAUGAUUGAAAAGUAUCCUCAAAAUCCAUUGCUUGGCAAGAUUGCGGCUUCGAAGACGGUCGUGAUUCAUGGCAUGGCGAAGCAAUUAGAAGCCGAAGGCAAACAAGUGUGGUCAUUAUGUGUUGGCGAGCCCGAUUUUGCUCCUGCAGAGCGUGUGUUAAAAGCAGGUAUGACGGCUUUGGAGCAAGGUCACGUUAAGUAUACCGAUGUAAAGGGCACAGCAGAGCUUCGGACUUUGAUCUCUCAAUACUUGUUGACGUGCAAAGGUCUAAAAUACGAUCCACUGACAGAGAUUUUAGUUUCCAAUGGUGCCAAACAGACCGUGUACCAAGCUUUACUGACAAUCACAAAACCGGGAGAACAAAUUUUGAUUCCAGCGCCGUAUUGGGUGAGUUAUCCCGAAAUGGUAAAAUUGACGGGUGGUGAGCCUGUGAUUCUUCAGACGAAUUUAUCUGAAAAUUAUCUAAUUGAUCCACAAGAGCUGGAAAAGACACUAUCGUCUAACCCCCGCAUUAAGGCGGUGAUGAUGUGUAACCCGAGUAAUCCUGCUGGUACGAUGCAUUCACCGGCACAGCUUGAAAGCAUCGCUGUAGUUCUUCGAAAGCCUGAGUUUCGACACAUUUUAGUGAUUGCUGACGAGAUUUAUGAGCAGUUGGUGUACCAAGAUGAAGGAGAGAUUAAGCGUGAGCAUCAAAGCUUUGCAACGUUACCAGACAUGUACGAACGCACACUGACGGUAAACGGUUUCUCUAAGUCGCAUGCGAUGCCGGGACUACGUAUCGGCUACUUGGCUGCACCCAAAUACUUCGUCCAAGUGUGUACGAAAUUGCAGGGUCAGCUGACGUCAUGUGCGAGCUCAGUAGGUCAAGCUGCUGCUGUAGAGGCUAUGAGAUUUGAGCUCGAGUGCGUGUCUCAGAACAAAGAGCGUAUGACCGAGACUUUGGCAAUUAUGGACGAGAAACGUCGAUACGUGAUUAAGCGGCUUCAAGAGAUUCCGCUUUUGAAAUACGCACACCCGACGUCAGCCUUUUACGUGUUUUUAGAUUUGUCGUCGUACUUUGAAAAUCGACAAGGUUUUACUGCGGAUCGGAGUGAGGUGAUCAAGGACGCUGAUGACUAUUGCGAAUACCUGCUUCGUCAUUACCAUGUCGCAUUGGUACCUGGCUCAGCGUUCGGGGUGAAAAAUGGUCUUCGCAUCUCAUACGCUUCUUCGAUGGAGACGAUUAAGCACGCAAUGGAUGGUUUAAAGCAGUCGCUUGGAGCUUUAACGUUUGAAUGA